AUGGAAGAUGAUCAAUUAGAUGAAGACGAUCACCCGCAACCGGAGGUUGAUACUCUGCGGAAGGGAAGUCCAAGGUCGGUGUCGCCUGUCCAAGCUUCACCCAACGACGACGAAUGCCAACAAUCUACCCUCAAUGAAACCAUCGUUGACGAUGAUGAUGGUCAUCAUGUUCCAGGGAUGAACAAUUCUUCACUCCCGACUGCAAAAUGUGGUAAAGACAAUGAGAAGUGGAAACGCCCCGUUCCAACAGCAUCACCCAUCUGUGUUGAAACUCCAUCUCUGUUCGUCCUCAAUGCCCUUGUUGUAGCUCUGUUCAUCAUCACCUGUUUCCCUCCUUCCUCGUCGUCGCCUUUACCCCUCUCCUCUCUCGCUGCAUCACAUCUCUCACAGUUGCUCGUUUUCCCGUCGACGCCCUUACCCCUCUCCUCUCGUGUUGCCUCAUCUCUCUCGCAACAAGGUUCCUCUUCUCUCUCGCUGCAUCACACUCGAUCUCUCCUCGCUUUUUUGUUGUUCACGCGGCAAGGCAGGAAGCAGAGCACCGACAACCUGAAGCCUGCUGCUCUCCUGCUGAGACGGCACCCCAAUUUGGUGCCAUUGUUGGGCUACUGCAUCGUUGAGGAAGAGAGGCUUUUGGUGUACAAACACAUGGCCAACGGGACAAUGUGGUCGCUGCUACAUGGGAAUGGCCCUAUGCGGCCGAGUGAGGUCGAUUGGGCUACGAGAUUGAAGAUUGGCAUUGGGGCAGCGAGGGGGCUUGCUUGAAUGUUUGAGUAAUGACUAGUUAAAUGUUUAAAUUCAGUUUGAACUUGAACCAUUGAGAAGAAUUAUUUACAAG